GCACUGAUUCUUAAUGAAAUACUUAAAAAAUCCCAAUCUACAACGUGUCACCUCUACCCGUUGGUCUAUGAAUGCAUGGUUGGCGACACCUUGAUUGUUUCCCGUACACAAUGGCCACGGCCGACCUCCGAGUAUAUAACCGCUGGAGGCUGCUGCACGCCAUCACACCCUCACAACCAUGAUAGGAUACGGUUUUGUGUUCUUCGCUCUUUUGCAGGUUAUUUCCUCGCAAGGACCACCUCCGUUUUUAAAAGACAUUCCAGAGAAAUGUAGAGGUCCUCCCCCAGUAGUUGAAAAACCCCACGAGUGCUGCAAAGUAGAGCCAUUUUUUGAGGCUAGCGAUUUUACUGAAUGUGGUUACAAAAACUCGAAUGAAGAUGUAGGUUUCAAACGUGGGCCACCCGAUUGUUCAAAACAAUUAUGUUUGAUGAAGAAGUACAACUUAGCAAAGGACGACCAAGUAGAUUUCGAAGCUAUGAAGAAAUUUUUGGACGACUAUGCUGAAAAGUAUCCCGCUUUCAAGUCAGCUGUUGAGAAAGCUAAGGAAUGUGUUAAAGAGGACCUACCGGGACCUCCCAGCGUAUGCCUGGCCAACAGAAUCGUGUUCUGUAUAGGAUCUGUGGUCAUGUUUGAAUGUCCCGCUGAAAACUGGAGCGAAACAGAAGGAUGUAAGACUCUAAAAGACCACAUGACAGAAUGCAAGCCUUUCUUCCAAAGGCAAUAAAGUUCAAAAUUUCACUUUAGUUUUAUUUAAAUUAUGUAUCAUAUUUAAUUCUUCUGUAUCUGAAUGUAAAUGUAAAAACCAAUGAAAAUAGAAUAAUUUUAUCCUU